GUACACGAAGCUGCAGCCACGAGCCGCACAGCGCCGGCAACGUAGCGGUCUCUCUCGUCUCAUCGGAGGUGAGAUCCGAUGGAGGGGAGCGGCGGCGACCACUUCAUCCUCGUCCACGGCCUCGGCCACGGCGCGUGGUGCUGGUACAAGCUGGUGCUGAUGCUGCGCGCCGCGGGGCACCGCGUCACCGCGCUGGACAUGGCGGCGUCGGGCGUGCACCCGGCGCGCAUGGACGAGGUGCCGUCCUUCGAGGACUACUCGCGGCCGCUGCUCGACGCCGUGGCCACGGCGCCGGCCGGCGAGAGGCUGGUCCUGGUCGGGCACAGCCUCGGCGGGCUCAACAUCGCGCUCGCCAUGGAGAGGCUCCCGCGCAAGGUCGCCGCGGCCGUGUUCCUCGACGCGUGCAUGCCGUGCGUCGGCCGGCACAUGGGCGUCACCAUGGAGGAGUUCUCCAGAAGAACCACGCCGGAUUUUUUCAUGGACAGCGAGAGGAUGGUUCUGGAGACGAGCGAGGGCCCUCGAGCUGCACUCGUGUUUGGCCCCAAAUUGUUGGCAGCAAAACUGUACGGUCGAAGCCCAGUUGAGGACCUGACGCUGGCCACGAUGCUGGUGAGGCCCGGCCGCCAGUUCGGGGACGACGCGAUGGUGAAGGACGAGACGCUGCUCACCGACGCCAACUACGGGUCGGUGAAGAAGGUGUACGUGGUGGCCAUGGAGGACGUUGCUUUCUCCGAGGACAUGCAGCGCUGGAUGGUCGACCUGAGCCCCGGCACGGAGGCCGUGGAGAUCGCCGGAGCCGACCACAUGGCCAUGUUCUCCAAGCCCAGGGAGCUCUGCGAUGUUCUGCUCGGGAUCGCCAGCAAGCAUGACUGAGAAUCAACUAACGGGCACAUGAUCGGUCAAUAAUCCUUGUCGCGGUGACAGACAUUUCGAGUGUUGUGGUUGUGUAUGACUGUACGUCCGGCCUUGAGGUUUGUGUGUCACGCCGAAUUUGAAGGAUAUAGGAACGAGCUUGUCACAACCUUAAUUCGAUGGUGUCACACCAAGCGAAUUUGGUGAAGGGAUUCAGUAUCAUAUGAGAGUACAAACACAGAA